UAAAAUCAUAAAAAUCUGUUUCGCGAUUGUAUCGUUUAAAAUAGAAAUCUUCAUUAAGCAAAGAUUUUUUCUCUCGCAUGUUAUACUUAAUCGUAUCAUUUUUCCCCACUUUUGUUAAUCAGUUCAUUUAUAUACAUAUCCAGUAGGUCCAUCAUUCAGAUAGAGUUUGAAUUUAAAGAGUAAUAUAAUCAGAUUAAUAUAAUAAUUAAUUAUAUAUUUAAAAUAUAAGAAAUUAUGGCAACGGCAAAUUUUAAAGAUAUUUCACCAUAUAAAGUGAAACAACUUCCACCAGCCCAGGAUUACCUUUAUAAAGAUUUUUUAGAGCAUUUACAAUUAAAAACUGAUCAUCAUCCUCGAAUAAAAGUUGCUCUAUUUGGUGUUGGACGAGCCGGUACCAUACAUUUAGCUAAUAUUGUAGACAGUUCGCGUCUUAAGCUGCUCUACAUCGUAGACGAUGUCGAAUCUAACUGGACGAAACUUAAAGAAUAUUGGCAACUCGAUGAUGUUACUUUUCUAAAUAGCAAACAAGCAAACAAAGUGUUCAAUGAUCCUAAUGUAGAUGCAGUUAUUGUUGCUUCGCCUACAUGCACACAUGAGAUGAUCGUAACAAAAUCGUUGAAAGCGAAAAAAGCGGUUUUCUGCGAAAAACCGAUAGCCGAAAACAGUCCCAACACGUUAACAUGUUAUGAGACUGCCAAAAAAGUCGGCAAACCACUGUUUUGUGCUUUUAACAGGAGAUUUGAUCCUAGUUACUCUACUGUCAGAGACAGAGUCAGAAGUGGAGAGGUUGGACAUGUUCAUGUCAUUAAAACAGUCUCCCGUGAUUCUCCUCUUCCUAGUAUAGACUAUUUAAGAAUAUCUGGAGGAAUAUUCCAUGAUUGUAUGGUCCAUGAUAUUGAUAUUAUUACUUGGGUUCUUGGAGAAUACCCUGUUAAGGUCGCCACUCAAGCAUAUGCACAUAUCCCAGAAAUAAAAGCAAUCAAUGAUUAUGAUACAGUGGUAGUAACAUUACAUUUCCCAUCAGGUACUUUGGGAGUAAUCGAUUUGUCACGAUAUAGCCCUUAUGGUUAUGAUCAACGUCUCGAGGUAUUUGGCCCUAAGGGUAUGAUAUCUGCAGGCCAUGAACAACCAAUGCACUGUGUUACCAGUCACAACGGUAUCCAAGGUGUAAACAAUCCACCAAUAUGGUACUCAUUUCCCAGUAGAUUCAGAAAUGCUUAUCAAGCAGAAUUGAAUCAUUUCAUUGAUGUAGUGCUUGGUAAAGAUGAGUCGUCUGUCUUGCCAGAACAAACUUUAGCUGUAUCUAAGGUUGCAUCUGCCUGCGAAGAAUCCGCACGUACUGGUAAAAUGGUAGAAAUAAAAUGGGCACCCAACGAAUUACCGUAGAGAGCAUGAUUGUCCAACCAAUUUUAAUAAUUCAAAUAUCAUUCUGUUAUCUUGUAUCUUAUAAUAUCGUGAUAUAUUUAUAUUAUUCGUUUUUUUUAAUCCUUUAAGUCCCAAUGUUAUAUCUGUGUAACUCUCAUUUCAAAAAUUUGUCAAAUUCAAAUCUAGCUUUGAUGAAUUUAUGAAUUCAUAUUUAGCUUUUUUUUUUUUAAUAGUUUUUUUUAUUUACAGUUUCAAAAAAUUAUAUUUUUUUAAUAAAAAAAUAAUAAGUUUUUGAUAAUUUUUUUUAUAUUACUUUUUAAAUAUUAGAUAUAUUAGACAACUUACAAUAAAAAUUGAUUUAAUAUCAAUAACUUUGACUCAAUUUUAGAUAAUAAUUUAAAGAUUUGGGCCUUAAAGAAUUAAUGACGUUUUAUAUUUUUCUUGAAGACAAAGGGAGAAAAUUUUUGAUUAUUAAAAUAAUAAUGUGCACGUUAGUUCAUACUAAAAGUAGAGUAAAAAAAAAAAAAAACUUUAGUGAAUCUUGUUUGUUACACGUUUUUUUUCUUUUUUUCUUUUAUCGAUAUAAUAAUAUAAAGAAAAUACAGAAAAAUACCAUAUACCCUAAAUAGAUAGUAACGAUACAAAAUUCACAUUCUUUUUGUAGUUUCGAUCAGAAUAUUUAUAAAAACGAAACAAUAAAAAUUGUUAUAAAUUUAUAAGUUCUAUUCUUAUAAGUUCGUAUUUUUUUGUCCAUAAUGUUUGCCCCUUUAAAAAAAAGAGAAAAAAAUUAGAAAAUCUUUAUAAAUUUGUCGAUAUGUCGACAUGAUUAACUUACGUUACAAAAAAUCCUUUUUUAGUAAAUUAUAAAAUUACAAUGGAGGAACUUAAUAUUCUUGAAAGUUUGCAAGCUAGCUUUUGGUCGCGAAGCUCGAAAUAUUCAUGAAAUCGUGUGAUAUAUUUCUUCAAUAAAAUAUUAUUUUUUUGUGUGCCUAUUUUUGUUUGUUAUUUUUCUAAAUCUAAAUAAAAAAAUUUUCGUAAAAUAUCUAUGAACGUGGCAAAAUUUUCACAAAAAACAAUAAGCUUAUUAUUAAUUCCUAUUAACCUAAUUUUGUUUUAGAUUCAUUUUGUUUUAAUUCAUUCACAUUGAUUCCUAAAUUUUAGGUAUUGCGCUAAUGAUAGAUUAGA